GCCAUGGCACGCCUCGUCUUCCAAGGCGCAUUCCGGGCGUUCCUUCAUAGGUCUCAGCCUGCGCAACCGCUUCGAAGCGCUCAGCGAGGACUUCGAUGACGCGGCCAGCGAGGCCGAGGACGUCUUGAAGCUUGCGCCCGAGGCGACCGAGGUCGCCUCGGAGCCGAGCAAGAUGACGCUGAAGGAGCUUGGCUCUUCGGAGGAAUCCACGGAGAUGCGCAGCUCCGAUGGCCAAGAUUCCCAAAGCUCCUCCACAGUGUCGGACGAG